UCCCUACUAAGGAGAGCUGAUCUGACGGCAUCAUGAAGCUGUACAGCCUCAGCGUCAUCUAUAAAGGCUCUACCAAACCCAACCUCCUGAAAGCGGCCUAUGACCUGUCCUCCUUCAACUUCUUUCAGCGCUCCAGUAUUCAAGAAUUCAUGACUUUUACCAGUUCCUUGAUUGUUGAGCGAACAUCUCAAGGCACGCGUGCCUCUGUCAAAGAACAAGAGUACCUGUGCCACGUGUAUGUAAGAAAUGACAACCUGAGUGGUGUGGUGAUUGCAGACACAGAAUACCCACAGAGGGUCUGUUUCACGUUGCUUGACAAGGUAUUAGAGGAGUUCUCCAGGCAAGUGGACAGUAUCGACUGGCCUUCUGCUAGUCCUGAAACUGUAAACUAUAAAGCACUGGAUAUUCACCUUUCUAAAUACCAGAACCCCAGAGAAGCAGAUGCCAUGACCAAAGUACAAGCGGAGCUGGAUGAGACAAAGAUCAUUCUGCACAACACCAUGGAAAGUUUGUUGGAAAGAGGAGAGAAACUGGAUGAUCUUGUGGCGAAGUCAGAGCAUCUGGGAAACCAGUCCAAAGCCUUCUACAAGACCGCGCGGAAACAGAACUCGUGCUGUGAAAUCAUGUGAUGCCACUGCCUCGUCCUGGUGGUCACAACCCUCUGCCUUUCUGCUUUUCCUACAACCCCCAUCAUGCACCAGCCACCAUCUCUCUUCAUGGACGCUGCAGACUCCAGGAUGGGGCGCCGGGGGGGAUGAGAGCGAGACAGUUUGAGCGUGACUUUUAAACCGUGACUCAU